AAACUGGACUUUAAGUAUCAUCUCUUACAUUUCGAUGAGAUACUAACUACAAAAAAUUGACGUGCUUGACGUGCAAUUUUUUCUUCAAAAUGAAGAAUUGAAAAUGUGAUUUAUUAUAUCGUUAUAUGUUCCUGUUCGAUAAAUUAACCAACAAUGAAUAAGAUGUCAAGAUAUCCUUCAGAUUGCAAAGUAUAUGUAGGAGACUUAGGAAGUGGUGCGACAAAACAAGAAUUAGAAGAUGCUUUCUCUUACUAUGGAUCUUUAAGAAAUGUAUGGGUAGCUAGAAAUCCACCUGGAUUUGCUUUUGUGGAAUUUGAAGAUGCUAGAGAUGCAGAAGAUGCAAUAAGAGGACUUGAUGGAAGAACUAUAUGUGGAAGACGAGCUCGUGUGGAACCAUCUAAUGGAAGAAGAUUAAGAGAUAGGAGUUAUUUCAGAAGAGGUAUAGGAAGAUUGUUUCAUCCUGAAGAUAGAUGUUACGAAUGUGGUGAAAGAGGCCACUAUGCUAGAAAUUGUCAACGACAUAGAAAUACACGUAAGAAAAGAUCCCACUCCAGGUCUUAUUCACGAUCAAAAUCUCAAUCAAGAUCACGGUCUCGGUCACGUUCGAAGUCAAGAUCAAGAAGCAAGCAUUCACGAUCAUCAUCUCGUAGCCGUUCUCACAGUAGAAAUGACUAUAAUAAAGAUAAAAUUCGUAAUAAACGACGAUCUGAUUCUAGAGAUCGUAGUCCGCGCAGGACCAAAUCGAAAUCUGUUUCUAGAUCUCGCAGCAAAUAAAACGAUGUAUAUUCUUUAGCUGAUAAGUGUAUGAAAAUCAUUUCUUAUGUUAAUAGUUAUAUGUUCUAUCAAUUAAGCUUUUUCAUGAUUAAUUUUUUCUAAUCCUUUGAAACAAGAUGUUAAAAAAAAAGACUUAUAUAAAUAAUAAAAAUUAUUAAAAUUUUAAAAGUUUAUAGUAAUCAUAAAAAAAAAUAUCAAAUUAAUAUAUCGUAAUCAAUUCUUUCAAUGUAAAAUCAACUUUUAUUUACAAAUAUUUGAUAUGAAUUGAUCAUGAAUUUUCAAUAUACAUAUGUAAAUAGAAAUUGAUUUAGUACGAAAUUAGUUUUAAGAUGUCAAUAUUAAUAAUAAUUUUAUAUUGAAAAUCUUUAACUAAUAUAUUUUUAAAUCAAUUUCUUUAUUUACAUUUAAUAUAUUGCGAAAAAAUUCAAUAUUGAAUAUUUUUAAAUAAUAAAAAUCGAUUGAUUAUUUAGAAAUAUUUUUUAUUUCUCACAAUAAAUACAUAAAUUUAUUUAAUAAAUUUUUAAAGUCUUUUUUUUUAGCAUUUUGUGUAUUGGGGAUAUAUAUACAUAUACAUAUAUCUCUAAUUUAUUUAAAUAUAAUAUUUAUCUAUCCAUAAUACUAGUUCGCAAUUGCUAUUUCAAUAGUUAGGAUAUUAAUAUAACAUUUCAAAUAUAUAUUUAUGAAACAUUUAUUUGAUUUCCUUUUAUGAAAUUUUUGUUAAUAAAUAUUUAUAUAAUAAUAGUAUAUUAUUAGUACCAUAAUUCAUAGAAAUUAAAAAUUCCAUAUUUUUUAAAUGUCAAAAAUAUAAGUUUAUGUUUAUUUAUAUUUCUAAAAUGAAAUAUAAAUUACUUAUUCAAUAACUUUAUUGAUACUUUUCUACAUUUUUCAAAAUUAAUUACAAAAUUAGAAUUAAAAUUAAUUAUUGAUAUAUCAAAAAAAAUAAAAUUAAAUUUUGAAAUUUAAUAUUUGAUUUUCCUUAAGUAAUUUUCUUUACAAUGUAUUUUUUUAUCUUUAAAACAAAAUAAAAUCUUAUAAUAUAAAAUCUAAUUUUUAUGUUAUAUAUAUUCUGUAUUGUAAAAUUGAAAUUUAUUAAAAUUAAUAUUCAAUAAAUUUUUACCAAAUAUA